GUCCCGUCCGCGACUCUGUCUCUCGCGCACUCCUCUGAACUCCACACGUACGCACGCACAGCCUCUCCCACGCACAGCAAGCGGAACCAACAUGAGUUACUCCACCGACAUUUACAGCAGCAGCUCCUAUCGGAAGAUCUUCGGAGAUGCGCCGCGCUCCGGACGCGUGGUUCUGGGCAGCAGCACCCCGUCCCGCCUGCACGCGGCGGGAUACCGCAGCAGCCACCGCACCUAUGGCUCCCCGUCCGUCAUCUCCUCCUCCACCUUCCGCAGGACGACCGGACCCGGCCGCGUCUUCUCCGUGCCGGACUCCUCCGUGGACCUGAGCCAGUCCACGGCGGUCACCAACGAGCUGAAGAUCAUCCGCACCAACGAGAAGGAGCAGCUGCAGGGUCUCAACGACCGCUUCGUGUCCUUCAUCGAGAAGGUGCACAACCUGGAGCAGCAGAACAAGGUGCUGGAGGCGGAAGUGAUGCUGCUGCGGCAGCGCCACAACGAACCGUCGCGCCUGCACGAGCUCUACGAGCAGGAGAUCCGCGAGCUGCGGGCGCGCGUGGAGGAGCUGACGCACGAGAAGAGCCAGAUGCACGUGGACUGCGUGCAGAUGAGCGAGACGCUGGAGAGCGUGCGGGAGAAGUUGGAAGAGGAGACCCGGCUGCGCGAGGAGGCGGAGAACACCCUGAAGGCUUACCGCAAGGACGUGGACGACGCCACGCUCGCGCGCCUGGAGCUGGAGAAGAAGGUGGAGUCGCUGCUGGACGAGAUCGCCUUCAUGAGAAAAGUGCACGAGGAGGAGCUGCAGGAGCUGCAGGCGUCCCUGCAGGCCACGCAGGUGUCUGUGGAGAUGGACAUGACCAAACCUGACCUUGCUGCUGCCCUGAAGGACAUCAGGGCCCAGUAUGAGAACCUGUCAGCCAGGAACCAGGUCCAGGCGGAGGAAUGGUACCAGUCCAAGUUUGCUUCUGUGACCGAGGCGGCCGCCCGCAACCAGGAUGCCAUAAAACAUUCAAAGGAGGAGCUAAGCGAGUACCGCAGGCAGGUACAGGCCCGCACGUUGGAGAUCGAGGCCCUCAGGGGCCACAACGAGGCACUGGAGAGGCAGAUUGCUGAGAUGGAGGAUCGCCACAACAAUGAAAUUGGAGAUAUGCAGGACACCAUCCAGCAGCUGGAGGCUGCUCUGCGCAGCACCAAAGGAGAAAUGUCCUGUCACCUGCGAGAGUAUCAGGACCUCCUGAACGUCAAGAUGGCAUUGGACAUUGAGAUUGCUGCCUACAGGAAGCUCCUGGAGGGCGAGGAGUGCCGCCUCAGCUCUGUGGGUGGAGCCAUGGUCCAGUCAGGUUAUCCCGGCUUCUCCUACAUGUCAGCUCGCACCUACACCCUUGGAGCCUACAGGAAGUCCGCAGCCAAGCCGGAGGAGGCGGAAGAGGAGGAGGAGGAGGAGGAAGAGGAAGAAGAGAAGGAGGAAGAAGAGGAGGGAGAAGAGGAGGAGGAGGAGGGAGAAGAGGCCGAGGAGGAGGAGGGAGAUGAGCAGGAGGAGGGUGAGGGUGAUGGAGAAGAGGAAGAGGAGGAGGAGAAGCAGAAAGAGAAGGGUGACAAAGAGGAGAAGAAGAAGGAAAGUGCCAGUGGCAAGACCAGCAAGAGCUAAACUCUUUAUGACAUCAUCACGUAUGAGCCGGUCCACAUCCACAACAUCAUGGGUUUGUUCACAUUUCUGCACGCUCCUCCUCACACCUUCAGUGUUCUUCUCUUUCUGUUGGAGUGAUUCAUUCAAAUCCCACUUUAUGGCACAGAGACGUCCUG